AUGGCCACAGCUUCAAGUUUCCUUGUUCAUUCAGUUGCAGCUAUGCUGCUGCUCAACUUGUUCUCCGCCAAAUUUCUGCCAGCUUUUGGUUUUACUAACACUGAGCCUACAAUCUCAGCUUCCCCUGCAGUGCUGCCAUAUGAAGAUCCAUCCAACAACCCUUCUUCAUUCUUCCCUUCACCAACUGGGGAAUGGCCGGACGGUCCUGCUGCUGCUCCGAGUCAGGAAGAUGGGUUCCCGCCGAUGCCCACCUCCGGGGAGUUCUUAGGGAAGAAGAACUCUGCCUCAGGAUAUUUGCUGGUGAAGUUCAGUAAUCUGUUACUCGGUUCAGGACUUGUAGUUCAUCUUUGUGUUAGUUAUUGCCUUUUUUAG